AUGGAUAGCGAAGAUGGCAGCGGCUUCAAAAGUAUUUCAAGCUUGGCUUACAGACAAUUGACGGAUGAGGAGAAGGAGAAGUUGAGACAACAAGACAUCGUUAAUCAAUUCAAGCAGAACAAGUUAGAAUCUGAAGCACAGAAGAACUGGGAUAGAUUUUACAACAGAAAUCGUGACAACUUCUUCAAGGAUCGCAAUUGGAGUGGGCAGGAUAUGCAACAACUUUGUUGUGAUAUAGAUCUGACAAAGCCGCUAACUUUUCUGGAAGCAGGUUGCGGUGUUGGGAACAUGUUGUUUCCACUGAAGUCUGCGUUUCCCUGCCUUCGCUUGCAAGGCUUUGAUUUUUCAUCUCGAGCUAUUCAAAUAUGUUCAGAAAGGGCGAAAGAGCUUGGUGUGAAUAUGGAAGCCUCCAUUGUCGAUCUAUCUGUGCCUUCUGAUGAAUCGGAUUUCUCAGAGCAAGCUGAUCUGGCUACUCUCAUUUUUGUUCUCUCUGCGAUUCACCCUGAUAAGCAUGCAAUAGCUGCAAAGAAUAUGUGCAAAUAUGUCAGGCCGGGCGGGUCUAUUGUGGUGCGAGACUAUGGUAUCAACGAUUACGCGAUGAUUCGAUUCGGACGUGGUGCGAAACUCGCUGAUCGUUUCUAUGUCAGGCAGGAUGGAACUCGAGCGUUUUACUUCCGGAUAGAAGAGUUAGUUGACCUUUUCGAAGCGGCAGGUUUCGAGUGUGUUCACAAAGAGUAUCUGCAUCGUCAGACAAUCAACCAUCAGAAACAGUUGAAUGUACCGAGGAUAUUCGUCCAAGCACGAUUCGUAAAGCAAUAG